UCAUGGACCCCAGAUUACAGUGGACGAGACCAAAACUUUCCCAGCCAUGGCAACCGAAUACAGUAUUCCAACACGUUCAUUGGCACAAGGAAGAACAUUUGCCAACAGAUGGCGCUCGGAAUUACCGACGUCAGCACCCAGUACCUGAGGAACAUAAACAGCCUUUAAGUUGUCGCCCACAUUUAACCAUCUUGGUACUACUCGUUUUCUUCAUCAUGACCACAAUUGCUGCUGUCACCGUUCUGAUAAUAAGGGAGAUAAGCCGAAAGGAUAGUAACCCGAAUGUACAAGGAAACGUCUUAGUGAAUCCGGAAGCGCUAAUGUCUGCAUAUCCUGGUAUGUUCCGAACCAUGGACCAACAAACUGACGUCAUAGGCAUCAAACCCAAAUUCAAGGACUUCAAACCAGUUAAAAGGUUUAUCGACGUCCCUACAACAUGUAGCGUUUCGUGCGAUUCUCCAAACCAAGGUGUUCCGAAACCUAUGUCGCCAGUGACCAUGCACCCGAAUGCAGUGCGAGCAAAAAUGAUGGCUUCAAAUGUCACAGGCGUGUCGCGCAUGCCUAGAAUACGAAACAAAAGGUCAUCAAUGUCAUAUGCAGAUAAUUCCUUGUAUCACGGAUGUUGUGUGUCAAAUUUCUAUCAUAUUAGCCCGACGACACAGAGAAAUAUCGAGGGACAAGCCAGAACGUUGGUACAGCUUAAAAAUACCAGACAGUUUUUCCAAAUCGAGAAUUGCAGCCAGGCUGUUGGCUGUGACGGGUGUAGGUGUAUGACAAACCAAGUACUGACAACUGCCGUGGUAUUGAAGACAGAUCUGGACAUGACUGCAGGAACAACAAUGGAUGAUAUUGAAAUCCAAACCUUUUACUUUGAUGGUUGUUGUAAAUGUGUGAAUGUUGGUUUGAAAAAUUAAAACGAAAUAA